AUGGAGUUCUACAGAGAUGCCAGUUGGGUGCUAGAAUAUAUCGAGCAAGAGUUUGCACGGAAAAGCAAGGUAGCUGGAUCGCUGCACAGCCUUGUACUGCAGAGCCAUAAGAAGUACAAGCUAAAAAGCGACGUGCGGCAUGUGUACGCUAUCGUUGCAUCAUUCUGGAAGUACAAGGCAUACCUGGAUCGUAUUAUUGAGAAAAGUGGCCUGCUGAAGGACGUGCCUCGGAAGAAAGGGGAGCCAGCGUUCAAGCGCUCGACGCUGGGCCUGGUGGUACACGAUCUGCUGCUGUCGAAGAAGAAGCGGAUCCACAUGGGCAAGCACCCGCUCAAGGCGUUUGUGCUGAAGCACCAGACCAGGCUGCGGGGGGAGUACGCAAAGCAGCUGGUGAAGCUCGGCGUCGCGGACCUGUCGGUGCUGGUGCAGGACGAGCGGGAGGACGCUACGCCUGUCCGCUGGAUAAGGCUGAACCCGUUCCGGAUCCGCGGGCAGCGCGAAGAGGUACUACAGGAGCUGCAGAAGAAGUUUCCUCGCCGCGUUGCGGACUGGAGAGAGCUCACCCCCGGAAGCAUAUACGAAGAUGAAUAUGUGGCGGGCCUCUAUGGAGUACAUCCUGCGGACAAAAUUACCUCACACGAGCUGUACAAGAGAGGGAAGAUCAUCAUACAGGACCGUGCAUCGUGCUUUCCCGCGCAGAUCCUUGCCCCUGGGCGCUCGGACGUUAUUAUCGAUGCAUGUGCUGCUCCUGGUAAUAAGACGACUCACGUCGCAGCGCAUAUCUUUCCAGAGGGAGGGGCAGAUCAUGCUCAGAUCCACGCCUUUGAGCGUGACCCGCAGCGUGCAAAGACAUUGAGGAAGAUGAUUGCUACAGCAGGAUGUGACAAUGCCAUUGAGGUCCAUGUUGGCGACUUCACACGAGAUGCGCAACCGGAGAUAUUCAAGAAUGUGACGGGAUUCAUUGUAGACCCCAGCUGCUCUGGCAGCGGCAUUUUUGGUCGCCAACUUGUAGAUGCCACGCAGGAGACUCAGAAGGGGACAGAGACCGAUCCUUCUGCGGAUGUGCCGGAAGAGGAAACGUUUGAGGCCACAAAGAGCGCAGUAGAGCUGAAGAACAGACUGGCGAAGUUAUCCUCGUUCCAAUUUCAAAUAGUCAAACAUGCGAUGAGCUUUCCUAGCGCCAAAAAGCUAAUUUAUAGCACCUGCUCCGUACAUGCCGAGGAGAAUGAACGAGUAGUAAUUGAUCUCCUUCUGGAUAGUAAGGUCCAGAAAGGUGGCUGGAAGGUUGCUUCGCGCUCCAAGGUUAUACCUGCCUGGCCUAGAAGAGGACACCAAGCUGAGUUUGAGGAAGUCUUCCCUGAUCAGGCCGAGGAAUUGGCCGGCGGUUGCAUCAGAGUGCUGCCGAAGGAAGACGGUGGGAUCGGCUUCUUUGCGGUGUGUUUUGAGAGAGAAUAA